GCUGUGCUUCGACCACGAGUCCUUAUAAAACUCUCAGCGGCAGAAUCUCCUUACACAGAUAACAGAAGAUAAACAUAAAACAGGGUUGACAGAGGAUGUCCAGAGCUGACUGGGGUUUUCUGGAGCACCUGCUAGAGGAAGGUCAGGAGUAUUCGACUGGUGUGGGACGCGUGUGGCUAACCGUGCUCUUCCUCUUCCGUAUGCUUGUGCUUGGCACAGCGGUCGAAUCUGCAUGGGACGACGAACAGUCUGACUUUGUCUGCAACACCAAACAGCCUGGCUGUGAGUCCGUCUGUUAUGACAAGGCCUUUCCCAUCUCCCACUUCCGUUUCUUCGUUCUGCAAGUCAUCUUCGUCUCAGCACCAACCAUUUUCUACUUUGGCUAUGUGGCCCUGAGGACUAGAAAUGAAAACAGGCCAGAAGGUAAGCCAGAGGAGGAGGGCAGAACACAGAGACAUAGAAAAACCAACGAGUUUAAGAUGGAGGUAAUAAAGGAGGAAGACGAAGUGAGCGAGGAGAAGGAAAUGGGGAAGAACCACAAAGCUCAGGUACCUCUAAAGCUCAAGGGGAAACUGCUGUGCGCUUAUGCAACUAGCAUAGUGCUAAAGGUUCUCAUUGAGAUUGGCUUCAUUGUGGGUCUAUGGAUCCUUUAUGGGUUUGUAAUCAAGGCCAAGUACGAGUGCGAGAGGUUUCCCUGUCCUCACACGGUGGACUGUUUUGUCUCACGACCCACAGAAAAAACAAUCUUCACCAUAUACACACAGGUCAUUGCCGCAGUCUCUGUUCUCCUCAACGUUGUGGAGCUUCUCCAUCUGCUUCAGCUAGCAGUAACCCAUCGACUAGAGAAGAGAUAUCAAUGUGAGGAGGAAAUUAAUAAACAUAUUAGGGCGACCUCUUCUAGAACAGCACCAGCUAAAGCUCAAAUACCAUCAUUUGAGGAAAGAAGCCAUCUCUUUCUUCCUGUGGCGCAUGACGGCUACCCUGCAUCAGGGUUAGACUGGGAUAAAAGAGAGCCUCCUUUAGCGGAGGACAUGCUCCCUAGCUACUCAAACUUCAUUAACAAUGUGAAACCUGCCAUAACCAAAAACAAUCUUCAUAAAAAACAUCACAGGACUGAAGAUAAAUCGAAACAUUAUGUAUGAGGAGUACAAAAUGAGAACCACGGCUCCAUUUUGGGGAACUACAUGCGUAAAUUACCAUUAGUGGUUUACUGUGCAUUUGAGGCCCAUUUCCUUUGUUUAGAUAGGCAGGGAAAUGGGCUGUGCCUUGGGAUGAACUGCCUUUUGUGAUCUGUAGCCAGAUACGGGAGCCUCUCAAGUAGUGAUUAGUUUUGAGAGGCUCAAGGUCAGGAAAUACUCAAACCACUGAGCCUAAGAGAAACAAGCACAAUGUCUAAAAAUACCAAAGCGAAGGGUAGGUUUAAGUCUAGUGCUGAAAUGAAUGAUUUAUAUGGUACAGAUAAGGUAGUUCAUAAUGUACAGUAUUUGAGACCAAAAUCAAAGUCAAACUAUA